AUGAGGCGCUGGUUUACGUCCAUCACCGUCGUUGCUUUCACACUCGCAGAGUCACAGUCAGUCACAGUCACAGUCAGUCACAGUCAGUCACAGUCAGUCACAGUCAGUCACACAGUCAGCCACAGUCAGUCACAGUCACUGUCAGUCACAGUUAUAGUCACAAUCAGUCACAGUUAUAGUCACAGUCAGUUACAGUCACAGUCAGUCACACACAGUCAGGCACAGUCAAUCAGUCACAGUCAAUCACAGUCACAGUCAAUCACAGUCACAGUCAAUCACAGUCACAGUCAAUCACAGUCACAGUCAAUCACAGUCACAGUCAAUCUCAGUCACAGUCAAUCACAGUCACAGUCAAUCACAGUCACAGUCAAUCACAGUCACAGUCAAUCACAGUCACAGUCAAUCACAGUCACAGUCAAUCACAGUCACAGUCAAUCACAGUCACAGUCAGUCAGUCACAGUCAGUCACAGUCACAGUCAGUCACAACAAGUUUUAAAGUAUCAAAUAGGAACUCAACUGUGUUUGAUUUUACAGGCCUUGCCAAACGUGUUGGUGCGAGGGUGUUGAUUGCCAGCACCUCUGAAGUGUAUGGAGACCCAGAAGUGCAUCCUCAGACAGAGAAUUACUGGGGCCAUGUCAAUCCUAUAGGACCACGGGCAUGUUAUGAUGAAGCUAAGAGAGUAUCAGAAACUUUAGCAUAUUCAUAUGAAAAGCAAGAGAAGAUUGAGGUGAGAGUGGCACGUAUAUUCAACACCUAUGGUCCUCGGAUGCAUAUGAAUGAUGGCAGAGUUGUGUCCAAUUUCAUUCUUCAGGCUCUCACUGGCCAGGAUAUUACAGUUUAUGGACAUGGGCAACAAACAAGGUCAUUCCAGUAUGUCAGUGAUCUUGUUGAUGGCUUAAUUAAACUCCAGAGUUCUAACUACUCCCAGCCAGUUAAUCUUGGGAACCCUGAUGAACAUACUAUUGAAGAAUUUGCCACUAUCAUUCAUAAGAUGGUCGGCGGGAAGAGUAAGAUAAUUCACAAGGAUGCUGUUGAAGAUGAUCCCCAGCGACGAAAGCCUGACAUCACACGUGCAAACCACAUCCUUGGCUGGCAACCUGUGGUACCACUUGAGAAAGGCAUUGAAAAGACUGUAGAAUAUUUCCGUAAAGAGCUGAUGAGAUCUAGACACUCUGAGCGAAAUUUGCACUAUCCUCUAAUGGAAAGCUUUGGUGUGAAUGAGCAUCAACGGGCAGAGGAUUAUACUGAUCUGUAAGACAAUUAUAUUCAGAUUGAUUGGGAGAGGAGCAUGCAUUUUAAUGAGAAAGAGAAAAUAGUUAUUAUGAUCAGGAAUCAUUUGUAUAAACAUUUAGCAUUAAGUGCUGAUGUAACAAAAAAAGUUAUAACCUGAAAUGGAAAGAACUACAGCAAGUAAGCUUUGAAAUGAUUUUAAACAUCGUUAAGAUACAGCUUUAGAAAGUAGAGACUCAAACAAGUAAUGAAUGCAUUACUGAAUUAUAUGUUGUUUUUCAUGUUGUAUAAGGAAAACUGUAUUUGGUCAUUUUCAUGUUAUACAGAAAUAUAAGAGAGAGUAAAUGAGAGGAGGUAACCAUUUUAUAUGUAUAUUUUAAAAUCUUAUGUUUUAAAGUACUUACCUGUAUUGUUAAAAUUGCUUGAAGUCAUAACCUAUUGCAUUUAUAACCAAGCAGAUUUCUUGGUAUAGAAAUAGUUUACUGUGAUUUAUUACUGCCCCUAUUGGGUGGGUAUUGUUAUGAAAAUUGUUCCAUAUUGAGAUCUUAACUAGAGGUUGAUAUCCUCUCUCUUGAUACUGUAAUGUGCUUGCCUAUGAAAUAUUUGUAAGCCGGAAUAAUGGACUUGAAGGGGAAAGAGAACGAGACUCAGCAGUAUGUGCAGGUUAUGUGAGACGGAAGUUAGGGAUGUUAUAUAAAGUAUUUCUUCUAUUUGAAUAUAUUUUUUGUUGUUAUUAUUAAUGCUAUAUUAUUAUUAUUAUUAUCAUUAUUAUUAUUAUUAUUAUCAUUAUUAUUAUCAUUAUUAUUAUCAUUAUUA